AAUUCUUCCGUCCCGCCCAUCCCCCUCGCCCAGGCUCAAUCUGAGCCACAGGCACAUCCUGCCAGGCCAAACCCCACCUUCCCUGUGCGGAGCCUGGGAGGGCAGCUGCUCUCUGAGCUAAAACUCUGCGGCGAUGAGCAGGAACAGGGCGUAGGGAAGCUCCUCGCCGCCGCCAAGAGAGCUGGGAAGCGGAACUUUGGCCUUGCAGAAGCCCGCACAAAGGAUUACUGCAGUGCCUGUAGCCAGUUGACUGUGCCAUGAUGCCUUUUGGAGGAAUUGCCGCCAAGCUGGAACGGGACCGUCUACGGGCAGAAGGCGUAGGCGAUCACCACAAUGCUGUCAAGUACCUUGGACAAGAUUACGAGGCCCUGAAGCAGGCAUGCCUGGAGAGUGGCGCCUUGUUUGAAGACCCCCAGUUCCCCGCUGUCCCCUCAGUCCUUGGCUUCAAGGAGCUAGGGCCGCACUCGGGCAAAACCCGAGGAGUGAGCUGGAUGCGCCCAUCGGAAAUUGUGGGUGACCCUCAGUUUAUUGUUGGAGGUGCCACAAGAACAGAUAUCUGCCAAGGGGCUCUGGGUGAUUGCUGGUUGCUGGCUGCCAUUGGCUCCUUGACUCUCAACGAGGAACUUCUGCACCGUGUUGUACCCCAUGGACAGAGCUUCCAGGAGGACUAUGCAGGCAUCUUCCACUUCCAGAUCUGGCAGUUUGGCGAAUGGGUGGAUGUUGUGGUGGAUGAUAGGCUGCCAACCAAGGAUGGAGAGCUGGUGUUUGUGCACUCAGCAGAGUGUCAGGAGUUCUGGAGUGCUCUGCUGGAAAAGGCCUAUGCCAAGUUGAACGGCUCUUAUGAGGCCCUGUCAGGGGGCAGCACCACUGAGGGCUUUGAAGACUUCACAGGUGGCGUGGCGGAAAUGUUCGACCUGAAGCGGCCACCUCGCGACCUCUCCAGGAUCAUUUGCAAGGCUCUUGAGAGGGGAUCCCUGCUUGGCUGCUCCAUUGACAUCACAAGUGCGUUUGACAUGGAAGCAGUUACCUUCAAGAAACUAGUCAAGGGUCAUGCAUAUUCUGUCACAGGAUUUCAAAAUGUGGACUAUCGUGGCCGUGAUGAACCACUCAUUCGCAUAAGGAAUCCCUGGGGUCAGGUGGAGUGGACUGGAGCCUGGAGUGAUGGCUCUUCUGAGUGGAACCAAGUGGACCCUGAUCAAAGGGAGGAGCUGCAGCUGAAAAUGGAGGAUGGUGAAUUCUGGAUGUCUUUCAGAGACUUCAUGCGUGAGUUCUCCAGGCUGGAGAUCUGUAACCUUUCCCCGGAUGCUCUCACCAAGGAUGACUUGAGCAGAUGGCACACCACCUUAUAUGAGGGCACCUGGCGCCGGGGAAGUACAGCUGGAGGCUGCAGGAACCAUCCAGCUACAUUCUGGAUUAAUCCCCAGUUCAAAAUCAAACUCCUGGAAGAGGAUGAUGAUCCAGCAGACGACGAGGUGGCUUGCAGUUUCUUGGUGGCCUUGAUGCAGAAACACCGGCGAAAAGAGCGCCGUGUUGGAGGGGACAUGCACACCAUUGGCUUUGCUGUCUACGAGGUUCCUGAGGAGAACCAGGGCUGCCAGAGUGUUCACAUGAAGAAGGACUUCUUCCUAAGAAACCAGUCUCGAGCACGCUCGGAGACCUUUAUCAACCUUCGAGAGGUGAGCAACCAUAUCCGCCUGCCUCCUGGCGAGUACAUCAUAGUGCCCUCUACCUUCGAGCCUAACCAGGAAGCAGACUUCGUCCUGCGUGUCUUCGCGGAGAAACAGUCGGACACAGAGGAGCUGGAUGAAGAGAUCUCAGCUGAUCUGCCAGAUGAGGAAGAUAUCUCCGAGGAUGACGUAGAUGAAAACUUCAAGAAUAUGUUCCGGCAGCUUGCAGGAGAGGACAUGGAAAUCAGUGUCUUUGAGCUCCGGACUAUCCUGAACAGAGUCAUUGCCAGGCACAAAGAUCUGAAGACAGAUGGGUUCAGCAUGGAUUCUUGCCGUAGCAUGGUCAACCUGAUGGAUAAAGAUGGCAGUGCUCGCCUGGGUCUUAUAGAGUUUCAGAUUUUAUGGAACAAGGUCAGGUCCUGGCUGAAUAUCUUUCGCCAGCACGAUCUGGACAAGUCAGGCACCAUGAGCUCUUAUGAGAUGCGCUUGGCUUUGGAAACAGCUGGCUUCAAACUAGACAACAAGUUGCACCAGGUGGUGGUGGCACGCUAUGCUGAUGAGUCACUAGGCGUGGAUUUCGAUAACUUUGUCUGCUGCUUAGUCAAGUUGGAGACGAUGUUCAGAUUCUUCCGUAGCCUGGACCCUGAAGGCACUGGGAGUGCUGAGAUGAAUCUUGGUGAGUGGCUGACGUUCACAAUGUGCGGCUAAAGCAGAGAUGAAACUAGCGGAGAAGACCCUCUUGGACUGGGCUGCCCCAAAUGCCUCCCUCGUGUCAGGCUGACAGACCUAGGAUGGCCCAUCAUCUCUGCCCCUUCCUCCCCACCCCAUGCUGACCCCAGAACCUAUUCCUUUCCCCUCUUGACCACAGACACAACCAUAUCCCAUGAUUAAGCUUCCAUUGUAUCACUUACUGGGGGUUAAAGGUACAGGAGGGUGGAGAGGAGGCAGCCCUUUCCUGCCAAGAACUUGGCUUGCGACGACACGCCUAAGAGCUAGGGCAAGGCAAGCGAGGGGCACAGGUGCAUGUUGGGUUACUGCAUGCCAGCAUCAAUGUAGCUGCACUUGUUGGGAGGGGCCUACCUUCAGAGUUAUCCAUAGGGCCAGCCUGUGGUGGGGGUGUAUUGCUUUCUCUGAGGGGUUGGCCUCUCUCUCCUCACUGGCCGCUACCGCUGAUUUUGAUCUUGCCAGGAAGCUUCAUCUGUGCUCUCUUGCAGGCCUUGCAGUAUGUGCUUUUGCUUUUUCUCUAGUGAAUUCUCUGGCAGAGUAGAAGGGGUUUCCGCCCUGGGUUUUUCUCUCCAAGAGAGUGUUCUGAAGUUAGGGGGUGACCCCCACAACUGGUUGCAGAAGGGUAUGAGGUCAACCUGUACUGGGCGCCAAGACCUGUAAAGGUCUGUUCAUUGCCCAGCAGAGCCACCCUUCUCACUCCGUGUGGAGCACCCAAAAUAUCAGAGGCCAUGUGAUUGAGAGGCCUCAGCUUAUACACCCUUCCUCUUCCAAAUUUCUGAAGUCCUUGGUGUGCAGGCCCUCAGAUCCUGGAGCCACACUGGUGGCCCCGGCCUUUGCACUGAGUGUUGUGUGUUGGGGUUUCUGUGCUCUCUCCUUAGCUCUGAGAAGCAGCUUAGCGUGUAAGCUGCUCCAGCAGGCGGAGCUAAAGAGGGAGAAUCUAAGAGGUGCUGCUUUGUCUAGGAAAGGGACAGGCAACCUCCUCAGCACCAGUGGCUACAUGGGCAUAAAAACAGGGCCACAUGCUUUAGGUUUCUGGCAGAAUAAUUAAACUUAAGAACAGCCUUCCUGGAUCAGGCUCAAGGCCCAUCCAGUCCCGCUUCCUGCUUCACACAGUGGCCCACCAGAUGCCUCUAGGAAGCCCACAGGCAAGAGUGGAGGACAUGCCCUCUCUCCUGCUAUCGCUCCCCUAUAUCUGGUACUCAGAGGCGUUCCCUGCAUCUGGUUUUUAGAGACAUCUUGCCUCUUUGGCUGGAGGGCCUAUAGCCCUUGGACUACUAACCAUUGAUAGACCCACCUUCCAUGAAUUUAUCUAAACUCCUCUUAAAGCCAUCCAGGCUGUUGGCUGUCACCACAUCUUGUGGCAGAGAAUUCCAUAGGUUAAUUAUGCAUUGUGUGAAAAAAGUACUUCCUUUUGGCAGUCCUAAAUUUCUCGGCAAUCAGUUUUAAGGGAUGGCCCCUGGUUCUAGUGUUCCAUGCACAGAUGAAAGGAGGGAGAAAAUAGAGGGAACACUGCCCAGUAGGCUUAGUCCAGCUUUCAGGACAAGUCUUUGCACCUUAAGAAGAUAAAUCAUCACAAUAGGAAAGUAUAAGAACUAUGGGGAAGCUUUCUCAUUACUGAGCCUCUCAGUCUCAUUGUUACACUUUUAGAACCACAAGAGUUUGGGCAAGAAAUGCACAAGAUUUAAAGUAGAGUCUACAGGCUGCCCAAAAGUGACUGGAAAGGGAAUUGCCCAAGUUAAGAUCUCUUCUCUGUCCUUGCAGUUGAUAUCCCCAAAUGAUUCAAUCUAUAUUGAAUAGUUCACAAACACCUGAUGCUUUUGUUGAAGUGGAGCUGAUCAGUGUUUGACAACUGUAAGCCCCAUGUAAGCAUUACUCUCUGCUUUUCACAAUAGGAUACAUGUAUGAUAAACAGGUUAGCAUAAACAAAGGAUAUAGUCCCCUUCAGAGUCUUGAUUGAGGGGUACUGUUCCCAAUUCUGCUUCUGAUUUGCUCUGUGUCUAACUCCUUGCUUUUCUGUUCCAAGAGUUUGAGUGGAAAAACAGAUUUAAAGGAGGAAGUAUAUUUCCUCUUUAUGCUCAGCUACCACAGUGGUAGUGAAUGGGGCACAGUAUCUUUGUGGGUGCUCUACCCCCUCCUUUUCUCAUAGGGCUGAAAGGAUCAGGGCUUGAGUUUCCAUUAAGCUGCACUUUCAGCCUUCUCAAAGCCUCCUACCUUGCUGUGUAAGAAGGUGAUGGGAAAACUGCCUCUCUUCUGAGGCAUUAUCUCAAGGUUCCUCUCUUGUGCUGGAUUUUUGCUGCCAACUUCUGAUGCCUCUCUGGAGUGCAUUAGAAUAUCUAUUCCACAUUUGAAAUGUGAUUUGGAAAUGCACCAGGGUGGGAAUGCCUGCUGUAGUUAACCUAUUAUGAGGACAAAAGGAAGAUUUAAAGUUUGAGUUUACUAGCCAACGUAAGGAAUUGCAGGCAUCAAUUUACUUUGACUGAUUAGUUCCUAGGUGCAUAUAGUUGCCGUUCUGUAAUCUGGCUCCAAAAAAGCAUCCUAAUUGUUGUGCCCAAAAUGAAUCAUACAAAUGGAGAUAAUGUGACUUUGCUUUUUUUUUAGCUGCCGUUUCUAAGAUCUUCAGAGAUUUUCACAAGGAUGAAUGUGUCAGGGCAGGAUGGGCAGCAAUAUCCAUCCAUGUUUGCAUGGAUAUAAAGCUGAAGUGUGGUAGGCAGUCAGGGCUCAGGUCCAAGUCAUCCUAACAGCAGGGAACAGAGUUUUGCCAUGUACUGAAACUCUCCUUACUGAUGACUGGAAGCUCCACUCCCCUACAGCUUCCUCUAAACACUGCUCGUGUAGUCCCAGAUUACUUCUCCCAUAUUAACAUUAAUUAAUAUGCUAAAAGAAAACCUGAAGAGCUUCAGGAUGCCAAAUUCCCAUGGCUGAUUCCACGCUUGUGCAGUGAAAUUUUGCAAUUGGAGGGAUGUACACAACCUUGCUCAGGCUGCUUAAUCCUUCAUCUUCUUGAGGAUGGGAAAAUGGGCUUUCUAGGCAGUAGAUGCCAGGCAGUAGAUGCAUCAUACAGGGUAGGAUGCUGGUGCUUAAUGCAAAUAAGGUGCUUAGAUUCGCUGUAUCAAAAGGGAGCAGCACGAAUUGGGUGCUGUUUUUCUCUGACACACAUACAUGCAUUUGCAGUGCCAUGCAUGCAUACCCUUCUCUUCUGUAUGGGCAUUUCAGCUCUUGGGUCAAUUCCUCUCAUGAUCCCAUGCUUCACAGCCCCUGUGCUGCUGCUGCUGCAGAAUAUCUCCCUGGCCAGUGUUGUUCCCAAACCUUCAGUGCCCCCGCUGCCUUGAUCCAGGCUGACAGUGGCCUUAGUGCUUUGCUUCAGGGGCCCACACCCCCCCUGCUACCUUUGGGACUCCUUUGGAAUACGGCUGCAAUGAUAACCACUUCAGCUCAGAUAGCAGAGCUGCCUCCUCAGCCCAACUUGCAAUACAUGUGAAAUAAUAAAGAGAUCAUGUCUAACCGUG